UGUUAUCGCACUGAGGUCCGACUGUCCGAAAGACAUAUUAUAUUACAAAUUACAAUAUUCAAUUUUCGACUUCUUCGUAUAGUAAUAAACUAAGCUCUAAGACACUCCUAGAGUCCUAGGAAUAAAGUAUAAAUAAAAUAGUGUAUAGAUAAAAGUAAAUUCACAAUAUCUUCAGAGAUUAUAUGUAAGCAUGCUAUGUGAUGUCCGGUCUAAAUCAUGUACAAAGAGUUCGUUUGUUGUACAAAACUAUUUUAAGGUUACACCGUGGCUUACCAAAUGAAUUACAAGAAUUAGGUCAAACAUAUGUCCGUGAUGAAUUUCGCAGACAUAAAAACUGUAACCCUAAAGAAGCUGGAACAUUUAUGUUGGAAUGGAGCAAAUACACAUUAACACUAUCAGAGCAGCUGUUAAAAAAUGCAAAAUCAGAUAUUGGUUUUGGUAAAAAUAUUGAUACACAAGAUGGUGUAUUAGACUCUUUCACGGAUGAUCAAAUUGUACAACUUUAUAAUUUAUUUAAAGAAACAACUGGAAAGCAGGAUGUAACAAUUGAAUCUGAGCUUUCUAAAUAACUUAAUUAGGCAAUAAAGAUUGUACCUAUAGAGGUACAGAAAUAUAUAUUUAUGUUACCAUUUACUUUAUAACCUUGUUAGUUGAUUUUAAUUAGAAUAUUAUUGAUACUACAUAUAAUUUUUUAACAUGUUGAAUAUUCAAAUUAUAUACAAUACACCAUGAUUUUAAUAUUUAUUUAUUAUAAACUAAUUUAAAUACCAAAAAACCUCGAAGUAUAUUUCAAAUAUUAUUUACUAAAUAUAAAAACUAUAAAAAUUAAAAAACAUUCUAAUGUAAAUAUUCUUUAAAAAUAUACUUUACUCAUCAAUAACAUUAAAUAAUUUUAAUUGUUCUCCAUUUGUUAAAUUACCAGAGUUAAACAUUUUGAUAUGUAAUAAAGAACUUUUUUGUUAUACAUUGAUAUAUUAUAAUGAUUAAAUAUAUUAUCUGGAACAUUAUUUUUUUUUAAAUUGUUAUUGUAGUUGAUCAUAAUAUCUCAAAAAUUAUUUUACUUAGUAGAAUAAUCUUCUAAGCAGUAUUUUAAGUGAUUGAAUUAUGGCAGUCUCGUUAUUUCUUAAAUGUCUACAAUCAAUUAUUUAUAAUGCUAUAUCAUGUUAAAAUGAAAAUUACUGGCUUGUUGAUAGCCGUAUCAAUAAAAAAUUUGGCUGAACUAUUAAAUAA